CACAGGGGAACAUUCACCUCCGCAGCCACACGAGAUGUCUCUCAGGAACGCCGUUCUCUUCGCCCUGUUGGUGGUCGCCCUUGCUGAAUCUGGCCCAAGAUACAGCCCUCCUGCUCCUUCCUACCACGCCCCUGCACCAGCUCCCUCGGGGCCAGCACAGUACGACUUCAGUUAUGCUGUGCAAGAUAACAUCGGAAACGACUUCGGUCACCAAGAAAGCCGAAACGGAUAUGACACUCAGGGUACCUACUACGUCCAGCUUCCCGACGGUCGUCUCCAGAGGGUAACCUACACUGUGAACGGCGACUCUGGCUUCAUAGCUGAUGUUGCUUACCAGGGAGAGGCCCAGUAUCCUGCCCAACACCCCUCUCGAUCCUACCAACCUGCUCCCACUCCCGCAUAUGGCUGAUUGUCACGAAACUUUAUAGUUGAUGUUGAAUGCAAUUUUGAAAAUAAAAUAUUAAC